AUGGCUACGCAAAUGUCCCAAGGCGGGCAGCCUCAAUUGACGGGAGAUGAAUCCAAGCCUCUGGCCACCGAUUGUGAAGCCAUGAUGGCCAAGUUGCUUCCCGUCGACCCGACCUUGGAGACGGCGCAUGAAUCCCAUUUCACCUGGUGCUUACCCAAUUGGACGGAAUUAGAAAAGACAGAGCUGAGCCCGAAAUUUGAGUGCGGUGGAUCCAAAUGGCGAAUACUCCUCUACCCACGCGGAAAUAACCAGGAUCAGCAUUUAUCUAUCUACCUUAAACAUGGCUUCGAUGAUGGAGAAAUGCCAGAGCACUGGCAUGCUUGUGUCCAGUUCGCUGUAGUCCUGUGGAAUACCAAUAGUCCGGAAUCCUACAUCUCACAGAAUGCAAACUUCCGUUUCUCGCCUAAUGACCCUGAUUGGGGCUUCACAAAGUUUUGUGAACUUCGAAGGCUGUUAGGCCAUCUUGGGGAUAAACCAUCCCUGCUGGGUAACGAUGAAGCAAAUAUCACAACUUAUAUUCGCGUAAUCCGAGAUCACACCGGAUCCUUAUAUCACACGUUUUACAACUACGACUCAAAGAAAGUGACUAGCUUCAUUGGUUUGAAAAACCUCGGCUCCACUGGUUAUCUAAACGUUAUAUUGCAGUGUUUUUACUUUACGAACAGCUUUCGCAAGGCUAUCUACCAAUUACCACUUAACCAUGAAUCCAAUAGGAACACGUUCUUGUGGGCAUUGCAACGUCUUUUCUACUCUCUGCAGACCGAUGAUAAGCCAGUGUCACCGCUGGAGUUCACCAAGGGACUUGGAUGGGCCCCUCAGCAACUCCUUAUGCAACAAGACGUCCGGGAGAUGGCUCGAUUGCUCCUAUAUCGAUUUACGAAGGAGCCCAAACUUCCAGACAUCUUUCGCGGCAAAACAAAUACCUAUACUACCAUCGACGGCGCCCAACAAUCAAGAAUAGAAGACUUCUUGGAUAUCAGCAUCAAUAUCCAGAAUAUUCGCUCCCUCGAGGAAAGCUUGGCAGAAUAUAUCCGCGAGAUAGUUGAUGAGGAGCGGACGGAAAAUGGUAUUCGAAAAACUACUAGUGGUGUUCUCUUUGAAACCUUCCCUGAUGUUCUCUAUCUGCACUUGAAAAGAUAUGCGUAUGACAUGGCCCAGCGCCGGCUCAUGAAAGUCAAUGAUUUCUUUGCCUAUCCGGAAGAAUUUGAUGCUUCUCCAUAUCUCUCAGCUGACACCGACAGGUCUGAAUCAUGGGUUUACCGAUUGACCGGUGUUGUCGUUCAUAGCGGCGGUGUUAACGGCGGAAGGUACUGGGUCUUCUUGCGACCUGGAGCUAACCUGCCCUUUUAUAAAUUUAACGAUGACCGGGUUACUGGUGCCAUGUUAACGAAUGUCAUGGAAGACAAUUACGGGGGGGACGGACAGGCAACGAACGCAUACAUGUUAAUUUAUGUCCGGAAAUCAAGGAUAAACGAUAUUCUUGCUAGCGUUACCGCAGCCGAUGUGCCUGCAUAUAUCGGAAACGGAUUGGUGGAGGAACGGGAAAUGGCUGCACGUCUCAAAAAGGAGAAGGAAGAGGAACGCCUCUACCUACACACCGUCUUGGCUUCAGCCUCCCAGUUCCGCCUCCAUAGCGGAUUCGACAUGACUAGCCCCGGCGUGGAUAAUGGCACACGACCACCCUGCGCAUCCGCAAAGAUACAUCAGUUAACGACUUCACGAAAUCCGUUGCUCAGAAGCUGGCAGUGGACCCGGGACGAUGUACCCUGUGGAUUUGCCUCAAUCGCCAGAAUGGAACACGCAGGCCUCACGAGCCUUUACUUCGCGCCAACAUUACCAUCGCGCGGGCAUGUCUCGACGCAAAUUUCACUGGAAGCAACCCUCGUAUAUGGGUUGAGGUUAGCCGAGUCGUUGCAGAACUUCGACGUGAUGAGUCAGACGCUGCGCGGUGUCACUUCACUCUACGUUCUGAAGGAUAGCACAAUUCGUCCCCACAUCGUCACUGUCAUGGGAUGGUCAGAGGAUACGAGGUUUUCAGUUCAUGAAGAAGUAAAACCCACAAUGAUCCUCAACGUGGACCCUAAUUCAACUUUCGAACGGGCCGAACUUGGAAAUGGCGAUAUCCUCUGCGUUCAAAAGCUGGUAAAGCCCAGCGACUUUUACCCUAUGGCCAGGUACCCUCCAAACUUGUUAGCCAAAGAUGUAUUACAGUACUUUGACAAUCUCAGGAAUGAGCGGAACAGGCUAAAAUGCACAUGA